AUGCAAGCUGUACAGAAUCAGCAGCCUCGAGCUGCUGAGGGGUACUCCACCCCGCCUGAUAAUCACACCGACACGGAUCGGUGCGGUGGGAACGCUGCCUCUCACCAACAAUCCCCCAGCAACCCUGUCCCCAAGAAUGUCGCCUUCGAGCUCCUGCUGGAUGAGAACUCCAAGGUCCGAGCACGGAUACCAAUGCGAGUGCAGAUCUACCCUCAUGAUACGACGGACUCCAUUGUGACCACCGUUAAAAACUUCUACGGUAUCUACGAUGGCACUGCCAGCGGCGUCAGCUUCGAGGAUGAACAUGGGAAUACACUCAUUGCCAGAUAUGAGAACUUGAGAAACAAUAUGACCGUCUAUGUGCGCGUGAUCCCGGUUCACGCCUACGGCGAUGGCUAUGACGAGCAUUACUAUGGAUCGGCUCCAUUGGAUGCUCGCAAACGUCCCAGCCUUGGGGAGCCCUUCCAGAUGGUGCCAUCCCAGCCAACACAGGCCAUGGACUAUUCUCGGCCACCCUCCCGCCCCACGUCAAGAGUCGCUCGCAAACGCAGCACUUCUCCGUCCGGUCGCGGUCGUCGGAGCGCAUCGCAAAAUAAGGGUCCAUCCAGGGCCGGCAACAAGAGCCGCGGAUCCAGCGCCCAUGGCAGCUUCAAGGACGACGGAAUGGCCGGAUACAGUGACAGUGAGGGCGGUCAUGGGUCUGUCACGGGCUCUAGAAAAGCAAGAAGCGAGCAAUUCGCCAGCUCCGAUAUCAGCAUGGACAACAUCCUUCAGGAUGGUCGUAGGAAGAGGCCCAAAUUCGAAAGUUCGGAACUGCCCCUGUUUGCGCCGCCUCAGGUGCCUCUGACGACGUCCACGUCCUCCAUCUCGCCGCAGCGCCGAUCGACUGGUCAAGAAGGAGAGCCUUCCCCGUUUGCACGGCCCGCGCAAUGGCCCUAUAACACCCGGCCGCCAUUGCCCUCCCCCCAGAGCUUCGGUUACAAUGAGCAGGCGUAUGGUAGCAAUUCUCGGAAUUCCACGUAUACGAACCCAAUCUUCCCGGAGCACGGAUCUCGACCCGUAGCUCCGUCGUCGGGUAACCAGAAUUCCGGUCGGCACGGUGCCCCCGGUGUCCUCCCAACUCCCGAUCCCACGAUUGCCAGCUGCAUCUCUGACGAGGACGUUGCGAUGCAAUUGAUUCGACUGGGAGAUGCCUCCAACUUUUCGCAUGGUCGCAACUCGGCAUCCACACUCGAUGACGCUUUCAGCGGCGCUGCUGAUGCUUCCUCCACCGGAGCGACCAGCGAUGGGGGAGAGUACAGCGACAACGAAGAGGAUGACGAACUCCCGGCCCGGUCGAGACAGCGGCUUGAAUCCAGCCCUCUUCUCCCUCCAGGACACGUCAAGCGAACGCACAAACAACUGGAUGACAUUCUCCCCAGCUAUGACAGCACCGAACCCAGUGGCGAUGAAGGAGAUGAAGAUUACCACCAGGAGGAUCGCCAUGAUGGCCAGAUCAAGAGCGAAUAUGACGAAGACACUCUUUACGACCAGGAGGGCCCGCGGGCUAAGAAACUGAAAGCGAAGUCGGCCAGCACCGCCUCCAGCAAAGCCCGUGCCUCCAAGCAAGCGCCUGCCAAAGCCAGCAAGAAUGGGAAGAGUCGUGCUAAUGCCGCGCCUCGCAAACAGAAGGCCGCCUCGGCCACGACUGCUCAAAAAGCGACGGCAUCGGCUCAGAUGGCCAGCCCAGCUCCUUCGAGGAAGCCUUCGGGUUCCACGGUCAAUUUUCAGCACCAGCUCGCUGCGGAUGAAGAAGACCUGUCCACCAAACCGCGCUGCCAGCGUUGCCGCAAGAGUAAGAAGGGUUGCGAUCGCCAGCGCCCUUGUGGCCGCUGCCGAGAUGCCGGGAUUGGAUUGGAAGGUUGCAUCAGCGAAGACGAAGGCAACGGCCGCAAAGGUCGCUAUGGUCGUCACAUGGGUGUCCCUGUCAAGAAGGCGCUCGAGGCGAUGGCAACGACAAACGAGGCUCAACCCUCCUCCGGAUCUGUUGUCGCUUCUACACCAGCGCCCUUGACCGCGUCAGAAAAGAAUAAGAAACGCAAGCGCUGA